AUGGAUUUCGAUCACUUCAUCAGUCUCUGUGGCCGAUCGCUCUUCGCCGAGGAAUACCGAGGUAAUCUAGAUGCAGCAUGGGAUUAUUUGCAGCAAAAUCGGCCCGAUGCAGACCCCGUGGUGCCCAAUGUUCAGGCUGAAUACCUGCGUUGCACGUCCAUCUACUCGAUCUUGAUCGGCAGAUUUUCAGAUGCGUAUAAAAGUUUGGAAGCUCUUCAUGGUCUACUUGAUCAUCUGCCUCAGGAAUGGGGCUUGCGGUAUACCAACUACAAAGUGCUCGCCGACUAUACCCGCCGCUACCCUCCUGCAACACAUUUCUAUCAUGAAAAUGGAAACCCGCUGGAAAUAGUGAUGCUAAGCGACGUCAUUGGCGCCAUCGAGAUUAGUUCGAGGUUUAUGCGAGAUGUGCAGAAAUAUCUUCACCUCGGUCUACCGCGGGACCAGGGCUUUUGUCAGGUUCUAAGCGCCGUGCAAUGUUUCCCGAAAUAUUCCAGGGAUCUUUCUUCCCACUUCCACCCUCUCUCCUGCCGGUCCUCUUAUGGUACGCCCAAGGCCGACCCAGUACUCAUGAUAAAGCAAUAUGGGCGGAGUUUGCAAAAGUUCCGUGACAUCGCAGAUGCAAAUAUGGUUACGGGAAUGGCAACCUAUCUCAAUCUUCUCAUUUUGAAAUUACAUUUAUCAUGCCAGAACUCAUCAACUGCAGCCUUGGAGGAUCAUUUCAAGCGAUGCAGUAGGCUCAAUGACCAUGCAGGUAUGGGAAAUUGCAAGAUGAUUGAGGGCGACAACUAUGUCAGCCCUGCAUUUACCAGUCCUCUUUCAUUGAAUCUUAUCAUAACCAACGUUUCGUCAUGUAUAGGAGAGGAUAAAAUUUGGGAUCCGAUCGAAUUUGGGCUCAAUUUUGACUACUCUUUAGCAGCUCAGGUUUGUUAUGAAGAUGCUCUCAAUUUGUUCAGAACUGCUGGUUGUAAACGAGGACAAGCAGCAGUAUUGCUUCGCCAGGCAUGCUGCCUGCACAACGAAGCACGUCAUCAGCGAGCCUCAAAAAGCCAAUUCUUUGAUUUUGAUGUUCUGGGCAACGUGGAGACAAAACUGCGAGAGGCAUUGAGGCUAUUCGGAAAGGAUGAAGCCAAUGUGCAGAUUGUCAAAGCUCACCAAUUGAUGCUGCAGAUUAGCAUGAAAAAUCCUCGAAAUGCAAAGACAAUUGCGAGGGAGCUAGGAGAGUGGGGAGUUCAGUCAAAGAACGAGAUUUUGACUCACUUUAUCGGGCUUCUACUCUCGCGAUUUGCGCGCCAAGAAUGGGACACGUUCUCAAGUAUGGACGCGGCAUUACUAGCAUGGGAAUAUGCCUACGAAAUUUUAAAGCCAGUCGGGGAUGAGAUUCCACUCAUCCAAUCCGUUGUUUGUCGGGCAUGGGUGCAGCAUGACAUGUUCAAUAAUGCGGCAUGCCGAAUGUUCACCGAGGAAGCCAUUUCCAUGGUGGAUCAGAUAUCCAGCUAUUACGAUACACGAAUCAGGUCUUCACCUCAUGAAAAAGACCGGGAAAUACUGCUCAUCAGCAAGUUCAACCUCUUUUGGAGUCUUGGUAGAACUAUCGGCAGCAUUUGGCUCCGCAUGGAAGAGCUACAGGCCUUUGAAACGUGGCAAACGAAACUCGCAUAUUGGAUCGAAAAUGACGAAAGUUUCCAAAGCUGGCGCGAAAGAAUGCAGAAUAAAGAAAGUAUAAAGAAUAAAUACUUGACUUUUACGCAGGAGAAGCUGAGAAGUCUUUGGCAUAAAGCAAUGGCGGAUGAUGCAGCGAGAGUUGUGUACGGCUCCGCCAACAUGAAGUGUCAAAAACUUCUGGAAGACGGUGAUGUCGUCAAAGCGGAAGAAGUCCUUCGCUCGUUUGUCAAAAGCUCACAGUCUUUAGAGGGGUCAUAUUCAAGAGAGCUCUACCGUAUCCUGGCCUGUGAGCGAAUCGGCGAUCUGGCUAAGGCGCGCGAGAUCUUGGAUUCAAUCGAUGACAACAUUCUCUUCCACGAGAAUCUCGAUGAAUUCAAAGCUGGCAACAACCUCUCAAUAUUUCCAGAAAUCGCAGAAAACGCCCUUACCUUCUUAACGUACGGUGGAGACUUGGAGCGUGCUCGCCGAAUUCUUGACCUCAUCAUUCAAAUUUCGCCCGCGUUCUUUGAGGAAAAUUCAAGUGCUAUCGAUCUUGCCUGCAGGAUAGGAAGCUACGGUGCAAUUAUGAAGGAUGUAAAGCCAAAGAUCUGUUUCAACAAGUUACUUGAAGCCCGUAAGAUUAUCGAGACUGUGCGAGUUCAGACCCAGGACUUGGAUGCCAAGAUAGGAACCGCCAAAUCUUCCUGGGUUGGAGAAGUCUAUCUCGACCUUGCGCGGAUUUGCCUAUCCAAUUUUCUUUGUCGCACACACUAUGAAUGGACCACAAAAGCCGAGCACGGGCAUUUUGAGAAUAUUUCUUGGGUUGAACAUGCCCUGUUAUUUGUCGAAAUGAGCAGAGCACGCGCGGUCCUCGAAUCUCUGCAGAAACAAUCAAAGAAGUCAGGACCACUUUCAGAGGCAGUUCACAAGAGACGGCUUCUGCGAUCACUGCUCUCUUUGAAGUCCUUGACUCCUGAACAAGAGAACGAAGUUUCCCAGCUGCAAGGAGAAAUAGAAGUGUUGGAGGAGGAUGGAAAUCUGACCUCCGCCACCGCUUUCAUUGAAAGAGUCAAUUCUUCAGUCGAACCCAGGCUGUUGUAUGAGAGCAUUGAUGAGAAUGCUGUUGUGAUUGAAGCGACGUUUGGAUCUCGUGGAUGUGUUUCUUUUGCCGUCACAAAAGAUGGGAUUUUACAUUCUUCGACAAGCAAUUUCCGAAGUGUCGACAUGCGCAGGACAGUGAUGAAGGCGAUGCAGAUCAUGAGAGAAAUGACAGGUUAUAUCAACGACGAAGAAGCAAAACGUAAAGAAGAACUGCAAGAUUUGUCAAGGGACAUUUCUUCAGUGUUAUUGGCCCCGUUUGCAGAUAUUAUCAGAUCCAAGUCGCACGUCAUUUUUUCCGUAUCGGAUCCCCUGACUGCUUUCCCAUUCUCGAUUCUUUUCUUUGAUGACAAGCCUCUCAUCAUGCACGCGGCUGUGUCUCAAAUCCCGAGCCUCACCGUAUUGCAUUAUCUGUCUCAACGAAAGCCUGCAUCUGAAGCACCAACAGUCUCAGUUCUGGCAAAGUCACCGACACAAGAGCCAUCUACUGGGACUAGAGGUGCCAAAGAGGUUAAUCUACAUAUGGCGGGGAUUGAAGCUGUCAAUAUUGCUCGACUGUUUGCUACCUGGCCGAUUGAAGCAUCGCACCUGUCCAGGAAAGACUUUCGCCAGUAUGUCGAAGGAGGUUCUCCGAUUAUGCACAUUGGAACCCAUGGAGAUAUCGACCAUCGUAACCCCCUUCUCUCAUCCAUUUCAAUUGGCGAUGGACAAGAGUUCCGUGUCGCAGAUAUGUCCGCAAUUCGGAGCCGAGUGAAUCUUCUCGUGUUUGCCGCCUGUCUCAGCGGUUUCGGGAAGGCGACAACAGGUAGUGACGUUCUUGGGUUCUCUCAUGUCGUGUUAAGCACUGGCUGUCAGGCCUAUAUUGGUUCACUCUGGAAGGUCAGCGAUUUUGGCUCCAUGGUAAUCAUGACGUUGUUCUAUCGGCAUUUGAAGAGAAACCCUCAUUUGGCUGUGGCGGAUGUCAUGAGACUGGCACAGUUGGAUCUUCUGAAAUUGGAUAGUGAUACUGCUGAGACACUUCUUGAUGGCAUGCUGGAGAACUGGGGCGUUGCGACUAAGGGAAAUCCUAGUCCGACGGAAUUUGUUCCUGAUGCGGAGUUCCUUUUGUUCACACUGAAGAUGAUCCUUAGCCAGUUGGACUGGACUAGCCCAUUUUACUGGGCGCCAUUUACGCUAGUUGGUUACGGGGGCUUUAGAUUUAUGCAUUUACUCUAG